ACUUCAAGAAAGAGGGCGCGGCGCACGCAGCAUGGCGUCCGAUAUUUGCUUGGUUCGUCAGCGGAUCAGCCGGCUCGGCCAGAGGAUGUCCGCCUUCCAGAUCAACCUCAACCCGCUCAAGGAGCCGCUCGGCUUCAUCAAGGUCCUCGAGUGGAUUGCUUCCAUCUUUGCUUUUGCCACCUGUGGAGGUUUUAAGGGCAAAACAGAAAUUCAAGUUAAUUGUCGUUCCAACGUUUCUGAAAAUAAAACUAUUACAGCUACUUUUGGUUAUCCAUUCAGGUUGAAUCAGGCAUCAUUUCAGCCACCUCCAAAUGUAAAUGUGUGUGGUAUAGAUUGGAAAAGUCAUGUCCUCGUAGGAGAUUACUCUUCUUCUGCACAAUUCUAUGUUACGUUUGCAAUCUUUGUGUUCCUGUACUGCAUUGCUGCCCUUCUGCUUUAUGUUGGUUACAUGAACCUAUAUCGGGAUAGUCGUAAACUUCCGAUGAUUGAUUUUGUUGUUACUCUCGUUGCCACUUUUUUAUGGUUGGUGAGCACUUCAGCCUGGGCUAAAGCUCUUACAGAUAUUAAAGUAGCUACUGGUCACAAUAUUGUUCAGGAACUUCUGCCUUGUAAGAAGCAAGAAGCAAUGUGUUAUUUUGGCUCUGUGACUAGUAUGGGAUCCCUAAAUGUAUCUGUGAUCUUUGGCUUUCUGAAUAUGAUACUUUGGGGAGGAAAUGCUUGGUUUGUGUACAAGGAGACCAGCUUACAUAGUCCAUCAAAUACUUCUGCUUCCCAUGGCCAAGGAGGUAUUCCACCUCCUGCUGGAAUGUAAUUAAAGGGAAAAAUACACUGUAUGAAAUACAUGUCUGUACUAUGACUUGUUGCCAACACCUUGAGAAGCAUUAUUUGUUUCUAAUAAAAGUAAUGGCUUUUUCAGUAAACUGGUGGGUUUAAAAUUUUGCUGCUUAUUUACAUAAAGCCUGUGCCUUUCCUGGAAAUUUAGGAUGUAAAUGUAUUCUCACAUGUAAAUUUGAAAGUUCAGAGCCUAUUAUAAAAUUACACACAUUUUUAAAUGAACAGUAAUUUUUCCACUAAGUUGUUUGCCUUCCAGUGUUUACAUCUUAAGCCUUAACACAUAUCUUCACUCAGAAAACAGUCACAUUGUCAUAUCAUUAUAGCAAGAAAAAUCUUUACUUGGAAUAUACACUACUGUAAGUUUGUACAGAGCACAUACGUAAGACCUAUCUUUGUUUAAGAAAGCCUUGAUUAUACAAAUUGUAAUUAGAAAAAACAUAUUUCAGAAUUUAUAUCUGAACAUUGUUCAUGUUAUGAAAAUUUUUUAACUGCAGGACUGGGGUAUAUAUAUUAUUUCUAUUUUUCGAAAUGACCUCCUGUACUUGAUAGGUGAACUAAAAUUGUGCUGGGAGCAGGGAUUUGGAAAUUCUAAUAGAUGUGUAGUUAAUUUAGUAAUUGUGCUGUAUGAGGUGUAAGCUUCCAUUAUGCUGGUGGUUUAAUAGUCUUGCUAUAUAAUUAGAAAGAACAUGGUUCAACUAGAUAUAUUUAAAUGUAUGGGCAUUACUCUUAGUGAUACUUGUUUGCUGUCCUUUUUUGUUCAUGCUGUUAAAGCACAGGCUGAGACCUGGUCUCCGUGCAAGUAGAGUAAAAAUCCACCCUUUUCUGCAGACCCUAUUCAGAGGAUUAAAAGGAUUAAGAUUGCCUUUUUUUUAAAGCAUUUGACAGUUAGAGCCAAUGAAGUUAUUUUGAGUUUAGCAUUGAUAUUGUGAAAAUAAAUGAUUCAGAUUUCAUUUUUCAUAAUGUUCAUUCAUAUUUCACAAAUGGAUGAUUAAGGAAUUAUGCAUCAUAAACAAAGAAACCUAAGUGAGUGAUAUUAUGGGUGUACUGUCUUUGCACACACAUUUGGGUAUAUUUUGAAUACAGGGCUUAUUCACAUUUUGCUUCUUAAUCUUUUUGUUGUACAGGGAUCCACAUUUCCUAUUCUAACAACAUGAUUGUUUAUAUGUGAAGCACAUCUUGCUAUUUACUUAUUUUUGUUGCUUUUGUUCAUGACCAGAAUUGUCAAUAUGAGAAUGUAUAUCUUUUAUGAAACCAACUUAAUAAAGAAGUUGAAAGAAA